AUGGGCAGCGCCCACUCCAAACAGGAAUCAAGUCCCGAUGCACGGGAGCCACCGCUGAAAAGGGACCGGCUUCAUCGUUUGCGGAAGUCUCUGCGAAGCCACUCCCACCGUCGAAACCUGAAUGAGCAAAACAACGAGCAAACCCAACCCUCUGACAACAUCAACAGGCCAGAAAACGACAACAACGCCGUCCGGGAAAUGCCCCCAGUGCGUAGGUCCCAGGGCAACGUGGAUCCAGAGUUGAGCACAGAAGCGUGCAUGGAAGCCGCACUCAAUUUCUUCCCCGACAUAUGUCCCGACUAUCUGCGCAAGACCGUCGAAAGUCAAAAGUGGACAGCCCAGGGCAUCGUCGGCCACAUUCUUGAUCAGCAAGAAAGCGGCAAGAAAUAUCCCAAGCGUGUCAAGUCCCUAAAGCGCAAGUGGGAGGAUACCGGUGAGGACGGCGAAGAAGUGCUCAGCAAGAAAAUGGAGGCCGAGCCAAGAUUUCAAGGCAAGACGACGGAGUACAUGAAAAAGUACAAGGGAGCAGGGUGA